GCGCCUACAGGUGUGUCCCCUCCUCGCAGCUUUUCCCCGGCUCCCCGGCGUAGGCUUUGGCUGUCGGGGGGCGGCGGUGGCGGAUCGCGACCGUCAUGUGAUGAUUAAUUUUUCUCGAGGCGGUUUCUCUCUCUCCUCUGUCUCUGCCUUUCCCUCCCUUGCUCCUCGCCGCUCUCCUCCUCCUCCUCCUCCUCCUCCUCCUCCUUCUUCUCGGAGGUGGCCGCAGCCGCUGCUGCCUUCACAUUGACUCCGGCUGCUGUGGCGGCGGCGGGGCCCGCCGGGAGCAUGGGCAGCCGCCGGGGGCUGCCGUAGCGCCUCUGCCUAGCCCGCCUCCGCCGCCCGCCCCGGGCUCCUGGGCGCCGCCGCUCCUGCUCGGGCAACUCGGACGGUCUGUGCCCGCGGGGCUCUAUCCUGCCGGCGCCUGCACCUGUUGAAGCAGGGACAAGUACACGUCACAAGGCACUUCAUCCUGGAAGCUAUUUGCACAUAAGCCUGAGCCCCAAGAAGUCCCUUUCACUGGUGACGGUCGUGCUGCUCAGGUGAGAAGAGCAAGGGGAACAGCCCAAGGCUCAGUUCUGAGGCUCGCCUGGUACCCGCUGGAGCACAGCUGAACAACACUAAACGCUGACGCUGCCUCAUCUCCUCCUGAAGUCACAGCAGAAGUGGGUUCCUCUCUCCCAAGCUGUGGUGUGCACACAGACUUCUCAUGUGAACUUUUUGUUUUCAGUAAGAAGAUUAAACACUGUCCUGGAGAAUAACUUGACUGCAGUGAAGAAGACUUAGUGGAAAAGUGAAUGUAUUAACAUAGAAAUGGCUUUAUGGAUCUGGACACUGAGCAUUUUGAGCUGUUUCUGUGUCACCUUAUCCAGAAAUGAGGAACUGAAAUUUUUUCAGAGUGCUACAGAGCUAAAUCAUCUAACAGUGGAUAAUGACACUGGGAUAAUCUAUUUGGGGGUGGUAAAUGCUCUGUAUCAGCUUACAGAAAACCUGGAUGUAAUAAGGUCUGUAGAAACAGGUCCAAGAAAGGACAACAAAAAGUGCACACCUCCCAUUGAUGAAAAUCAAUGUAAAGAGGCAGUGCUGACGGACAAUUAUAACAAAUUGUUGUUGCUGAACAAGGUGGAUAAAACAAUUGUGGUGUGUGGAAGCCUUUUUAAGGGAAUCUGUGCCAUCAGAGAUCUAGAAGACAUUAGCAAUGAGAAGUAUUAUGUUGACAGUAGUGGAGAAAAGUCCUUUGUAGCAAGCAAUGAUGAGAAUGUAUCAACUGUGGGAUUGAUCACUUCCUUGAAUAAUGAUCGAGUGCUGUUUGUUGGGAAAGGGAAUGGACCGAAUGACAAUGGGAUAAUAAUCAGCACUCGGCAGCUCUACGAAAGGGAUGGAAAAGACAUUUUUGAAAUGUAUACGGACUCAGCAGCUGUUAAGUCAGCUUAUCACUCAUCAAGCACACAACAAUUUGUGGCAGUCUUCGAGGAUAAAAAUUACGUUUAUUUUAUUUUUAAUCAGCAAGAGAAACAGCCUGUCAAUAACCGCACACUGAUUGCGCGUCUGUGCAAGGAUGAUGCUCAUUAUUAUUCCUACUUUGAGAUGGACUUGGGUUGCAAAGAUGAUGAUGAUGGUGCCUACGACCACUGUCAUUCUGCUUAUGUCACUACCCCGGGAGAAGAGCUGGCUGAGAGCAUGGCUCAGCAGAGACAAACUACAGAUGCUCUCUCAGAUGACAAAGUUCUUCUUGCACUCUUCAGCAAAGUAAACAAAGAUAACGGCUCCCUGAAAUCUGCCAUGUGUGUCUUUUCCUUGCGGCACAUCAACGAGAAGAUGGAAAAAAACCGCAAUGAUUGCUACACUAAAAAGAAUACCAGCUCAUUUUACAAACUUUUCGCAGCAGAAAAUCCGUGUGCAUCACAUGGACUGAAUGCAAGCAAAAAUUUCCCCUGUGGCUCUGAACACUUGCCGUACCUUUUGGGAAGUAAGAAUGGUGUUAUAGAGAAGCCGGUACUGCAAAAAGAAGGGAUGAAUCUCACGGCCGUCACUGUGGCUGUGGAGAACGGGCACACCGUGGCCUUCCUGGGAACGUCAGAUGGUAAAAUUCUGAAGGUGUUCCUGUCAUCCACUGCAACUGAGUACAGUUCUCUUGCUAUUGAACUAAACAAACCCAUAAAGAAUGACCUGGUCCUUGACCACACCCAAGAAAAUCUGUACGUGAUGACCACAGACAAGGUGUAUCGACUGCCUGUGCAGGACUGCCACAAAUAUUCGGACUGUGAGAAGUGUACUCAAGCGAGGGAUCCAUACUGCGGCUGGUGCGUGAGAGAGGGCAGGUGCACAAAGAAGGCAGACUGUGGAACAGCUGAUAAAGAGAACCACUGGCUGUGGAGUCCAAGUGGCACGUGCAUGACUGUCAUUAGUGCAGACCCUCUAAACAUGAGUCGCAGAGCCCCUGCUAAGGUGGAACUGACUGUAAGUCCGUUGCCAACUUUGACUGAGAGUGACCAGGUUUUUUGUACGUUUGGUGAAACAACCCAUUAUGCUCAGUUGAAAGAAGGGGUUAUUAUCUGUGAUCCACCUGAUUUAAUUCCUCCAACACCGAAAGGUCAAGAUCAUGUUUCAGUUCCACUUCAGUUAACCUUUGGAAAGAACAAGAUAUUUUUUGCAUCACAUACUUACCCUUUUUAUGACUGUGAGGAGGCAAUGAAUCUUUUUGAAAAUCAACCAUGCUAUUCCUGUGCAAGCAAUAGAUGGAAUUGCCAGUGGGACUGGAAGAGACAUAUCUGUGAAGAGUCCUCUCCAGUACAGGAUGUGAUUAAACAAAAUAUGGAAGAAGAAUGCCCACAGUUUCUAAGCCCAAACCCUGAGAUAAUACCUAUGGAGUACCGAACAACAGUGUAUUUUGAGGGAAGACAUCUAGCUUAUUAUCGGGAUAAAAAAUUUGUGGUUGGAAACAGCCAGUUUGAAUUUGAAGCUCCUGUUGAUGAAUCAGAUGAAGGAAAAUUUUCAUUCAUGAGUAAAGAGUUCUCCUACAGUGCAAAUGAGACCCUACAACUUAACUUAUCCAUAAGAACAGAUAAGGUCAAGAUUGACAGCAAACUGAUGGUGACGCUGUACAACUGCUCUUAUGGACGAAGCGACUGCAGCUUAUGCCUCGCGGCCCGUGACGACUAUAAGUGUGUCUGGUGUGAAGAAGAUGGCAAGCCCAGCAAGUGCGUUUAUGAAAAACUCUGUAACGCUCCUCCCACCGACACAUGUCCUCAUCCCGAAAUCACUCGUAUUGAGCCAAAAACUGGACCACUAAGUGGUGGAAUUCUUUUGACCAUAAUGGGAUCUAAUUUGGGAAUAAAAUCAGAAGAUGUAAAAAAUAUAAUAGUGGCAGACACGGAAUGUCUUUUCAGAGAGGAAUUCUACUCUGUUUCCACAAGGAUUGUAUGUCAGGUUGGACCAAUGAAUGAACCCAAACAAGGUCAAAUUGAAGUUAACAUCAACGGAAAAUUGGGUAAAUCACCCAGUGAAGUGCUGUUUACAUACCAGGAACCCCAUCCUUCUGGAAUAAGACCUGAAAGCGGUCCCCAAGCGGGUGGAACCACACUUACCAUCACUGGUACAAACCUGGCCACUGGUUCCAAGAAGGAUGUUCGCGUUUCAGUUGGUAGCCAGCCUUGCAAUGUCACUGAAUUUGGAGAUGAGAUCGUUUGCGUUACAGGACCUAAUAGUAAGGUAGAAGCUGUUGAAGUCACGAUGGACUAUGGGGGCACGGCAAUUAGUGUACCAGGGCUCUUUUCAUACAGUGAGAAUCCUACUGUCACCAAGUUCCUGCCAGUAAAUAGCUUCAGCAGUGGAGGGAGAAAUAUUACAGUAACUGGAACCGGUUUUGAGCUCAUCCAGAGUUUCUCGUUGGUGGUGUAUGCAGAGCGUCCAGAAGCAGGGAAAAUGAACCUCAAAAGGUUUUAUGGAAAGGAUGUUACAAGACUCAAUGAGACUACAGUGGUUUUUUCUUCCCCACCAAUACUGGAAGACCCAGAAAACUAUAACAUUACCACUAUUAUCCUAAUGGAUCAUUAUAAUUUGGUUGUAAAAAAUGAAAGCCAUUCCUUUGCCUAUGUUGCAGACCCAACCUUUGAAAACUUCACAGAUGGCAUCAAAAAACAAGUCAACAAACUUAUCAAUGCAAAGGGCAGUAACCUGAACAAAGCCAUGACAAUAGACGAGGCCCAGGCUUUUGUGGGUGACGAGCCUUGCAACAUAAAAACACUAACUGAAACGGACUUAUAUUGUGAGCCACCAGAAGUGCAGCCUCAACCAAAGAAACGGCAGAAGAGAGACACCAUCAAUAACCUUCCUGAAUUCAUCGUGAAAUUUGGACUCCGGGAAUGGAUCCUUGGAAGGGUGGAAUAUGAUACACGUGUGAGUGACAUCCCACUGCAUCUUAUUUUGCCACUGGUACUCAUUCCUAUGCUAGCAAUCAUCGCCAUUUCUAUCAUGUGUUACAGACGCAAGAGCCAACAAGCAGAACGCGAGUAUGAAAAAAUUAAAUCACAACUUGAAGGCCUGGAGGAGAGUGUCAGAGACCGAUGCAAGAAGGAAUUCACAGAUCUAAUGAUAGAGAUGGAGGAUCAGACAAAUGAUAUCAAUGAAGCUGGAAUCCCAGUACUGGACUACAAAACUUACACAGACAGAGUCUUCUUCUUGCCCUCCAAAGACGGAGAGAAAGACGUGAUGAUUACAGGGAAGCUGGAUAUUCCCGAGGCCCGACGGCAGACGGUGGAGCAGGCUUUGAACCAGUUCUCCAACCUCCUCAAUAGCAAAUCAUUUCUCAUCAAUUUUAUUCACACGCUGGAAAACCAAAGGGAGUUCUCUGCUCGAGCUAAAGUGUAUUUUGCAUCUUUACUGACAGUUGCUUUACAUGGAAAACUAGAAUACUAUACUGACAUCAUGAGGACGCUGUUCUUAGAACUGAUGGAGCAGUAUGUUGUGGCCAAAAACCCAAAGCUGAUGCUAAGAAGAUCUGAAACGGUUGUUGAGAGAAUGUUGUCUAACUGGAUGUCUAUUUGUUUAUAUCAGUACCUCAAGGACAAUGCCGGGGAGCCUCUUUAUAAAUUGUUCAAAGCUAUCAAACAUCAGGUAGAAAAAGGCCCAGUGGAUGCUGUACUAAAGAAAGCCAAGUAUACGUUGAAUGACACAGGCUUACUGGGAGAUGAUGUAGAGUAUACGCAGUUGACAGUAAAUGUAUAUGUCCAAGAUGGAGGAACCGAUUCCAUACCUGUGAAAGUGCUGAACUGUGAUACAAUAUCACAAGUGAAGGAAAAGAUAAUAGACCAAGUCUAUCGAAAUCUGCCAUGUUCUCAAUGGCCAAAAGCUGAGAGUGUAGUUCUUGAGUGGCGUCCUGGUUCUACUGCACAGAUCCUCUCAGACUUGGAUUUAACAUCCCAAAGAGAUGGCAGAUGGAAACGCAUCAACACACUAAUGCAUUAUAAUGUCCGAGAUGGUGCCACGCUUAUCUUAUCAAAAAUGGGAAUUUCCCAGCAGCCAGAGGAUAAUCAGCAAGAUGUCCCAGGGGAAAGGCAUGCACUCCUGGAAGAUGAAAAUAAGGUCUGGCAUCUAGUUCGGCCAGUAGAUGAAAUAGAUGAAGGUAAAUCGAAGCGGGGCAGCGUGAAAGAAAAAGAGAGGACCAAAGCUAUUACAGAAAUCUACCUGACCAGACUUCUCUCUGUGAAGGGGACACUUCAGCAGUUUGUAGAUAACUUCUUUCAUAGUGUGCUCAAUUCGAACCAUGUGGUGCCACCAGCUGUGAAAUACUUCUUUGACUUCCUUGAUGAACAAGCAGAAAAACAUGACAUCAAGGAUGAAGAUACCAUUCACAUCUGGAAAACAAACAGCCUGCCUCUUAGAUUCUGGGUAAACAUACUGAAAAAUCCCCAUUUCAUCUUUGAUGUUCAUGUUCAUGAAGUAGUGGAUGCUUCCUUGUCAGUCAUCGCACAGACUUUCAUGGAUGCUUGCACAAGAACAGAGCACAAAUUAAGCAGAGAUUCUCCGAGUAAUAAAUUACUUUAUGCAAAAGAAAUCUUUAACUAUAAGAAAAUGGUGGAAGAUUACUACAAAGGUAUUCGUCAGAUGGUGCCAGUUAGUGACCAAGAUAUGAAUACCCAUCUAGCAGAGAUUUCUCGGGCACAUACCGAUUCCUUAAAUACGCUUGUGGCUCUACACCAACUCUACCAGUACACUAACAAAUACUAUGAUGAGAUUAUAAAUGCACUUGAAGAGGAUCCAGCUGCGCAAAAAAUGCAGCUUGCCUUCCGUUUACAGCAAAUAGCAGCUGCAUUAGAGAAUAAAGUGACUGACCUUUGACUCAAAAGCCGCAAUAAAGAAAUCUGAUCUGAAGAUGUUCAAAUUCAUUCUUCCUGUUAAGGAAAUAGUGUUCUAUUUUUUAAUGUAUAAUUACAACUUUAAAUGAAAGAUUUCAUGUUUUUUUGAUAGCAGAGGUGUAAUGUAAAAAAUUUUUACUGUAAAUUAUGCUUCUAAUUAAAAGCUGUGUUGUGUGUAAAUGAAUCUUCUGUGGGAAAGAGAGUCCUUUGGUUGGGGCCAGGGUGGGGGGCGGAAGAGGAAGACCUAUAGUUUCUUUAAUUUAGUAGAAUCUGUGUCAUCAGCAUUUAGGAUUCAUUAUGCAAUUAAAUUCAAUACUAUAGCAUCCAUUCUACGUUAAGCAAUAUUUCUACUAGGAAAACAAUAACAUAGAGACACAUGCAAUAUCCCCUUUUAUUUUGAUAACUGGAAAUUGACUUCCAUACAGUUCUAAAUCUUAGUCUAUGCUCAUAACAAACAUCGUGAAUAAUGUGUUUGAUUUCCCUGCAAGAUCUGAGAAUGGGAUUUGCUACCACACACGGUUCUUAAUUUAAUUAUAUAUGUCCAUGGUGAUGCACAGUACUGCACCCACCACAGUUGGCUGUGACAGAAAUAAGAGUAAUGUCCAUGUAGGAGGGUUCUACUUGGUUCAGAAAUCACUGCAAAGAAAGAAUUAGUCCUUAAAACUUUACAACUCUUUGUUAUUAUUGUGAGUUUUAUGAUAUAUGCUAAUGUGCCUUACUUGUACUAAUUCUGUGAAUCUGAUGAAUGGUUUUGUAAAAAGAAGCGGAUCAGAAAAAGAAAUAUUUAUGUGCUAUUGAAUGACUUUUGUGUGAAAAACAUGACCAGCAGAAUGCUUGUAAUUAGCUGCUUGCCGAGAGUGUGCUGUUUAACAUGAUUUGAUUAUGUAUAGUAUCUUAUUUUAGAAUGGUUCUGAUGAUUUUUUAAUUUGAAUCUUGGAACUGUCCUAGAAAUACCAUCACUUGUUUUUAUUGUAUUUGUGAUGUAAAAUACUAGUAUGAUAUUGGAAAAAUCAUAUACCCGUCUAGUGGAAACCACUCAGUCAGUUUUGAGCCUUGGAAUGCUGCAUUUGGUUGAACACACACUGUAACCCAUAGCAAAGAAAACGGAAAUAACUUGUUAGAAAGUGUGUGUUUACAAUAUAGGUAAGCUCCAUACAAAUCAAAAAGUUAGGUACGUCUCCUUAAAUUGCUGUAUUGCACAUCAGAAAACUUUAUUCCUCUUUGUCUCGCAAGCUUUUGGCAGUAAAGUAGCAUUUUAAUGAAGCGCUGCCAUCUGUACUCCUUCGUUCAUUGUCCUGCCAAGCGCCCGGACUCUGCUGAUUCUCAGCAAGCUAACGCGCUGUCUGCUGCCCGACCUCCCUGCCCGGUAGGCUGCCAUGCAGUGACUUCUACUGUUUGUUGAUAUAUUUUUCCCCCCCUUUUUGAAAAUGUUCCUAGUAAUUGUCAGUGGGCCUUACCUUCAGUUUCUGAAAAGCCUCACCAGAACUGGGUUCCUGCCCAGUACGCUGGGAGGAGUUUUUUCGUUUGUUCUGUACUCAACUUCUUGCAUUUAUGUAUAACCAUUCCUGAACCUGCCUGGGCUAUAAGUUAUUUUACACUGCUUAGGACCGAGGUACAUGACUUCUACAUAAAGGUGCUUUGCCAGCUACUCCUUCAUCAACAGAGGCAUCCUAAUUUCAUGGCUAAUCUGUUUCUUUGUCAUUAUUUGUGAAUCCUGUUAAUUGUAAAUCAAAUACAACGUUGUUUUUUUUCCA